AAGACCAGGUAUUUUAGAACAAAAUGGCUACUGCUACGCCAAUUAUUCAGAAGCUUCGUAAUUUUUUAGCAGGGAGGAACCUUCAGAAAACGUUGCAACUUCGUUAUAGACCAGAACAGACAACAAGAAAUACUCCGCAGCCUAAUCUUCCUGAUGGUCCAUCGCACAUAGUCAGUAAUAAUUAUUAUUUCACACGUGAUGGAAGGCGGCUCGCAGCACCUCCAGGAGUUGUGUACAAACCUGAAUUGAAACAACUUGCAGAAAAAUCUGAAAGCAGCAAGACUGACCUUCCUGCCAAACGCAAGGGGAUAAGACCUGGAAAUGCUCACACCUGGACACUCUCAACCGAUCAGCCUUACUUAUCAUAACCUGCCAAUUAUACGUGUUUACCUUUUUAUUUUCUGCAAUUACAAAGUGUGUUCAAUCUGAAGUUUAUUUAUGGAAUACUAAAAGAAAUCACCCAUUCACAACACAAUGCUUCAAUUUACAGUCGCAAUUUGAUUAUGACUUCAGUUAAAUGAAAAUGUCAUGUCAAAAUAUGCACUUCAUAAUUUAGAAAAUUUUUUUUGGAAUACAUACAGACAAGAAAAGGAAAUCCUUCCUAUGCAAAUACUGUACCAG